AUGACUGACCAACAAAAAUUAUUAAUUAUAUUACAGCCUAAUAAUAUUGAAAGAAAAGAAAGGACUUUAUUAAAUGCUCCAAUUAAUAUUCGUUUUUAUGGUGCUUGUAUAGCCUGUACUGUUAUUGAUGUUAUUUUAAUUUUUUUAGCUUUACUUGCAUAUUUUUAUCCAAAUCCUUUUCGAAGAACUCCCCUUUAUAAACAAAUAUUUCAAAAAUUAGAUCGUUUUACAAUCCAAUUUUGGUAUUCAAUUACUUUAUUGGCUUUAACUUUUUUCUUUUUUCUGCAUUUUUUAAGUGUUGGGGGUUCUUUAUUAAGUAUUCAGAUUCGGAAACCUUUAAUAUUUAUUCCUCAAUUAAUUCUUUGUUUGUUGGCCGUUCUUUUACAACUUUUACUUUUUUCUGUUUGUAUAACAAUUAGUAUUGUUAGUGAUGAUACAAUGUGGGGAAUUGCUAUAUUUACUUUGGUUUUGUUAUUUUUAUUUGGUAUUUAUUUGGCAAUUUCUGUAUUUACUUUUAAACAAUUAUUGUUUGAAUGUGAUGAUUUUAAGAAAAUGUUGGCUAAUUCAAAAUCAGUACAUUUUAAAGAAGAAAAUAAACGAAAAAAAUAA